AUGGGAUGGAAAAUACUUCCCAUCUGCUUGACGCUGCUGCUCCCUGCUUUCUUGAUUCAACAAGCUUCAUCUCAAGAUUUAUCAAGCUGUGCAGGGAGAUGUGGGGAAGGGUAUUCUAGAGAUGCCACCUGCAACUGUGAUUAUAACUGUCAACACUACAUGGAGUGCUGUCCUGAUUUCAAGAGAGUCUGCACUACAGAGCUCUCCUGCAAAGGCCGCUGCUUCGAGUCCUUCUCACGAGGCAGGGAGUGUGACUGUGACUCCCAGUGUAAAGAGUUUGGCAAGUGCUGUGCUGAUUAUGACAGCUUCUGCGAAGAAGUGCAUAACCCCACAUCACCACCUCCAAAGACUGCACCUCCGCCUCCAGGAGCACCUCCCAUCAUCAAAUCAACCACCAAACGCUCACCCAAACCACCAAAAAAGAAGACUAAGAAAGUUGUAGAAUCAGAGGAAAUAACAGAAGAACAUUCUGUUUCUGAAAAUCAAGAGUCUUCCUCCUCCUCCUCCUCUUCCUCUUCAACUAUUCGGAAAAUCAAGUCUUCCAAAAAUUCAGCUAAUAGAGAAUUACAGAAGAAACCAAAAGUAAAAGAUAACAAGAAAAACACCCCUAAAAAGGAACCUAAUCCAGAAGCACCAGUUGUAGAUGAAGCUGGAAGUGGACUGGAUAAUGCUGAGUCCAAGCUCACGCCACCUCCUGACAAUCCUACCACUCCAUCUCCCAAGAGCACAGCAGCAAAACCAGCAAGUGCUAAACCCAGUCUUGCACCUAAUUCUGAGACUACCAAAGAGGCAUCUUCAACUUCCAAUAAAGAGACAACCGUUGAAACGAAGGAGACUUCUACGACGAACAAACAGACUUCUGCCAGUAAGAAAGAGAAAACGACUUCAGCUAAAGAGAUACGGAGUGCAGAGAAUAAAGAUGCUGCCCCCACAGCUGACGCUCCCACACCUACCGCCUCCAAGAACGCAGCUCCUACUACCACCAAGAAGCCAGUGCCCACUACUACAAAGGAACCAGCUCCCACCACCACCAAGAAGCCUAUAACUACAACCAAGGAACCUGCUCCUACCACGCCCAAGAAGCCUGAACCCACCACCCCCAAGGAGCCUGAGCCCACUACCAAAAAGCCUGAGCCCACCACCCCCAAGGAGCCUGAGCCCACUACCCCUAAGGAGCCUGAACCCACCAGCCCCAAGAAACCAGCUCCCACGAUGCCUAAGGAGCCUGAACCCACCACCCCCAAGGAGCCUGAGCCCACUACCCCCAAGGAGCCUGAGCCCACUACCCCCAAGGAGCCUGAGCCCACUACCCCCAAGGAGCCUGAGCCCACUACCCCCAAGGAGCCUGAGCCCACCACCCCCAAGGAGCCUGAGCCCACAACCCCUAAGGAGCCUGAACCCACCACCCCCAAGGAGCCUGAGCCCACCACCCCCAAGGAGCCAGCUCCCACAACACCUAAGGAGCCUGAACCCACCACCCCCAAGAAGCCAGCUCCCACAACACCUAAGGAGCCUGAGCCCACCACCCCCAAGGAGCCAGCUCCCACAACACCUAAGGAGCCUGAGCCCACCACCCCCAAGGAACCUGAGCCCACCACCCCCAAGGAGCCAGCUCCCACAACACCUAAGGAGCCUGAGCCCACCACCCCCAAGGAGCCAGCUCCCACAACACCUAAGGAGCCUGAACCCACCACCCCCAAGGAACCUGAGCCCACCACACCCAAGGAACAAGCUCCCACCACCCCCAAGGAACCUGAGCCCACCGCCCCCAAGGAGCCAGCUCCCACAACCCCUAAGGAUUCUGAACCCACCACCAAGGAACCAGUUCCUACCACCCCCAAGGAACCUGAGCCCACCACCCCCAAGGAACCAGCUCCCACAACCCCUAAGGAGCCUGAACCCACCACCCCCAAGAAACCAGCUCCCAUAACCCCUAAGGAGCCUGAACCCACCACCCCUAAGGAGCCUGAGCCCACUACCACAAAGAAGCCUGAACCCAGCACCCCUGAGGAACCGACUCCUGAGGUAAGCGAACCUGAAACGAUAGCAGCUAAAGAGAAGACAACAGAAAAAGACACACCCAAAACUACAACUGUUGCCCUUAAGACAACAAUUACCCCAGAAGAGACUACCAAAUCUGAAUCAAGUACCACCACACAAGUAACACCUACAACUCAAGAAACCACAUCACCCCAAAAAACUACCAUGAAAGCAACUACUCUCGUACCCAAAGUACCGGAGCCGACUGAAGAGACUCUGAACAAACCUGAAGAACCGACCCCUGCACCUGAAGAUUCUGAUGAUUCUAAGACACCUCCAAAACCCCAGAAACCAACCAAAGCACCCAAGAAGCCCACCUCUACCAAAAAGCCAAAAGCACCCAAGAAGCCCACCUCUACCAAAAAGCCAAAAGGGAGAAAACCAAAAACCACACCAUCUCCUGUAAAGACAACUCCAGCAAUGCCUGAAGUGAACACCACCCCCUUAGAAGUCGUGUUACCAACCACCGCCAGCCCUAACCAAACUCCAAACUCAGAAGCAGCUGAAGUAAACCUCGAUCAUGAAGAUGCGGAAGGAGGUGAAGGAGGAAAACGUGUAAUGAUUCCCAGCCCCCCUGUGUUAUCCCCCAUUGUUAUUCCAGGCAAUGAUAACAUGGCCAGCACACUCAACCACGGCAUGAACAUCAAUCCCAUGCUUUCAGAUGAGACCAAUUUAUGCAAUGGUAAGCCAGUGGAUGGACUGACUACUUUGCGCAAUGGGACGUUAGUUGCAUUUCGAGGUCAUUAUUUCUGGAUGCUAAAUCCAUUCAGACCCCCAUCUCCACCGCGCAGAAUUACAGAAGUCUGGGGUAUUCCUUCUCCUAUUGACACUGUUUUCACUAGAUGCAACUGUGAAGGGAAAACUUUCUUCUUUAAGGAUUCUCAGUACUGGCGCUUCACCAAUGACGUACAGGAUGCUGGGUAUCCUAAACAAAUUGUCAAAGGCUUCGGGGGACUGACAGGGAAGGUAGUGGCGGCUCUGUCAAUAGCCAAGUACAAUGACAGGCCUGAAUCUGUGUACUUCUUCAAGAGAGGUGGCAACAUACAGCAGUACACUUAUAAACAUGAGCCCAUGAGAAAGUGCACUGGAAAGAGGCCCGUUAUAAACUACUCCGUGUACAGGGGAGCGGCGCAGGUCAGGAGGCGCCGCUUUGAGCGUGCUGUCGGACCUCUCCAGACACACACCUUCAGAAUCCAUUACUCGAUGCCCAUGAGAGUUGCUUAUCAAGACAAGGGUUUCCUCCAUAAUGAAGUUAAAGUGAGCACACUGUGGAGAGGGUUUCCAAGUGUUGUUACCUCGGCAAUAGCACUGCCUAACGUCAGAAAACCCGACGGCUACGAUUACUACGCCUUUUCUAAAGAUCAGUACUACAACAUCGAUGUGCCAACUAGAACAGCGAGAGCAAUUACUACUCGUUCUGGGCAGACUCUCUCCAAAGCCUGGUACAACUGCCCUUAG